CUGCUUAUUGCUUGGAUUUUAAUUUAAGUUGGCUCACGCCUAUGUUUGUAAUUAAUUACGGCACAUAACUAAGAUAUUGUCUGUAGUACGAUACCAAAAAUAAAAUGCUAUCUUUACGCAUUUUGACAAGAAAUAUAACACCCCAAAUAGCAGCAUCGACGCAGCAUUUGCAUUCGUCGAAGAUAGUAUUUAGUGCUGAUUCUUCUGAUUCUGAUUCAUCGGAUGAUGAGAAGAGCAAAAGAAAAACUGCAGCAUCGCAAAGCAUUGGGAAUACAAAGUUACCCAAUGAAAGGUUAAAUGCAUUAUUACAAACGAUGACAACGAAGAUGAAUACCCCAUCAAAAGUUAAUGUUGCAGUAAAACCCAAAGGAACAAGCGAAGUCAGAAUUCCACUUUCAAAUGAAAAUGCACAAACAGUUAUCAAUCUAUUUGAAAAGAAAUUGAGCAAAGCAGCGACAAAUGUAGCAGCAACUUUUAAAGGGGAUACAAGCAAAAUUGAAUCAGAGUUGUUGAAUAAAAUCUUGUCUCCAAGUAAAACUUCUAAAGAACCCAUCGAUUUGAGUGAUCUGAUGAAAGGAAUUAAGAUAGAUCGCACAAAACCCCAACAGUAUCAGCAUCAAUCCACCAGCCGGGCAGAACAGGUUCAAGCUAUAAUAAAAAAAAAUACACAAAAUUAUCCAAACGAUGAGCAUAUGAGAAGGCCUACAGAAUUCAGCAGACCAAGUCAGCUAACAAAAGUCGUUAAUGCAAGAGUCGAUAUUGAUUCGGGAAACCCAUUGAAUAUUUUCAAAGUGGACCCUCAAGCUGUGGUUGAUCCUAACACUCCCACUCUCCAGACUUGGGACCGGCUACACAAGCGGGAGUUAAAACUCUUAGUCACUCAUCCUCCCAGUCAUUUUAUUGACCAGAUGAUUCAGUGGACCGAACAGGGAAGACUCUGGCGAUUCCCUAUCAAUAAUGAACAAGAUUUGACAAUUGAUCAAGAGGAACACUUUUCCGAUCAUGUCUUCCUGGAACCGUAUUUAGAAGGCUGGUGCCCAAAGAAAGGACCCAUCAGACACUUCAUGGAAUUAGUAUGUGUUGGGCUUUCUAAAAAUGCAUUUAUGACUGCUAAAGAGAAAAAAGAACACAUCAUGUGGUUCAAAGAGUACUUUGACAAGAAACGCGAUCUCUUGAUGGAACUAGGAGCUUAUGGUACAGAGAAAAGUAGUGAAGAAUUAAAACAAGUCGAUGCAUAAAAGUUGUAUAUUAUGAAGUUUCACCAUUUAAAUAUAUUAUGUAACUAUGAUGUAGUACACAAAUAAAAUUCUUCACGAA